CACCGACUUGCUUCUUCCCCGCGAUCAUGCGCCUCUUCUGCUGGUGCACGCUCCUCCACGCCCUGUCUGUCGCCGCCGGAUCGGAGUCGAAGAAGAACAGCUCGAAGGCUCUCACCUGUAAGCUGCUAAACAGUGCUUGGCGGCGCUCCGCAGCGUUGCCACCCCCGCCCGCCGGCUACCCCAGCAGCCCGUAUGCGCGCGGGCCGGCGUACCCUCGGCCCGGCAACGCCACACCAAACGUGCUUCUCAUGCUCGGCGACGACGUGGGAUACGGCGACCUGGCUGCCUUUGGAGGCCACCCUUACGCGAGGACGCCAAACCUUGACCGGCUGUUUAAGGAGGGCACCAGCCUGCGCCAGUACUAUGUGGUGGGCUGCACUUGCGCGCCCAGCCGCGCCGCUCUCAUGAGCGGCCGCCACCCCGCCACGUUUGAGUUUCGGCUCGGCCUCGGGCUCGCGGCGGUCGGGACGCCGGCGCUAACCGAGGUGUUCGGCGCGGCCGGGUACGCGGUCGCUCACUUCGGCAAGUGGCACCUCGGGCCGGAGCGACCCUACUAUGCGGCCCGGCGGGCAGACGACGGCUCGACGCACCUGGGCAUCCACACUGUCGUCUCGUCCGGCAAAGAGCUUCCGUGCGCCCUGCCCGAGGAGGAGCGGAGAGGCAAGGCGAGGCGGUACACGGGGCGGGGGAGGGACGAGGCGGUCUACUACGCGGCGGAGCGGUGGGUCGAGAGGCACGCCGCGCGGCCGUGGUACGCCAACGUGUGGGGUCACUCGACGCACGACCCGGUGUUCAACUGCGACCUCCUCACGGCCGAGCGAGGCCUGGACACCCCCCCCCCCCCGCCGACCUUUGACCCGGCUCGCUUCUCGGAGCACCAUGGCCUCUCGCCUCCGCACACGCCGCCUCGCUCGGCAUCACAGAUCGACGUCAUCGCCGAAAAAGUGCCGCCCGCCCUCUUACUCGUCCGUCUCACGGACCCGCGGCCGCCGCUCACCUUUGCGGGCGAGAGCCCGUUCCUGAUGGGCUACGCGGGAGGGCUGCGCGGAGGCAAGUUCACUCAGUACGACGGCGGGGUGCGCGUCCCUCUCCUCGUGCGCUGGCCUGGCGUGGUGCAGGCGGGGCACGAUGCUGAGGAGAUGGUCGAGUUGUCUGCGGAGCAGCCGCGAGUCGUCCAGCGCCUCCUCGAGCUCGUGCGGCAGUGGAACCAGAGCCUGGCAAGUACUAGGACAAGCAGCCUGACCAGCGCCGAGGAGAGCCCCUCGAUGCCGAUGGGCCGCCGCCUCGCGAGGAAAGCGAAGCGCGUCAAGCUCAAGCGGCAGGCGGGACACCCAACCGGCAAUAAGUCGCGCAAGGACGCGGACUGUUGGGAGAUCGCAUACGGGCCGCGCCCGGGCGAGGUGCCAAACGCCUCGCCCCCUCCGCCGUGGCUGUGAGCCGGACCAAGCUGUGUGUGUGCUACAUGGGUCACCCAUGAUCUAUGAGAGGCUUUUGUGUUUAAAACAAUACCACGCU